UGUACACUUAGCACUUUCACAAUUUUGAGAUGAGCAAAUAUAAAUUUGGAUGUGGAUUGCCAAGAAUGCUUAACGUAUGGUGAUUCUUGAAGUGAAUGACAUAGUUUCAGAUUUAACAUGACAUUAAGGCAUUGGUUCAAUUUGUAGGUCUUUUCGAUUAUAAAGAGACUUUCUUGGGUUGGUAGGCUUGGCAACCAACUUUAACAUUUAUUUGUGGCUCGUUUUCAUGCAUGGUGUUAAUUUUCUUUAAAUUUCGUUUAGUCAUUUCGAUGUGCAACAACUUCAUUCGAUUUAAAUUUAUAGAUUAUGUUUCGUAUACGAUAUUAAACUAGCUAAAAUGUGCUCAUAACGUCUAUUAAUUAACGUUUCUACUACGAGUUGAUGUAAAUCUCACCAAUAAAAAAGCAUUGAUAAAGGCCAAAAAAGUAGUGGAUAAUUAACGUUGAAAUUCACGUACAAACGCAACAUAAACACUAAAACACACAUUUGUACGUGUUACCCAUGCAAAGGUUAUGAACUAAGCAACAAAUCACAAUCCCACCACACAACCCCGCCUCUCUCUUCGCCGUUGGAGGAAGUCGGAGGUUAUCGAAAAUCCUCUGACCUUUCUCUCUUCCCGUUCCCCCAGUGUUCUUCCCAAAUCGAAUAGUCGAAAUCUGAAUUCAUCUUAUCACAUCUAUGUCAAUUUUCAACCCAUUUUGACAUUCGAUUAUUUAUUUAUUAAUCAUUUUGGAGAACUCAUAAUUAGAAUUUCAUUCUCUCUUGGUCGGGAAGAGUCUUUUGGGAUUUCUUAAGAGGAGAGUAUUCGUUUUUCUGACGGAUUUGAAAAAAAAUGGAUGUGGUGGUGAAACCAGUGAUGAUGCCCGCUAUCGAUACCCUUUGCAUCUGUUGUCCGGCAAUGCGGCCGAGGUCACGGCAUCCCGUGAAGCGCUACAAGAAGUUGUUAGCAGAUAUCUUUCCUCGGGCUCCGGGUGAAGAACCUAAUGACAGAAAAAUCAGCAAAUUGUGUGAAUAUGCUUCAAAAAAUCCACUACGCAUUCCCAAGAUUACAACUUCUCUCGAGCAAAGGUGUUAUCGGGAACUGAGGAUUGAUAAUCUUAUGUAUGUAAAAGUCAUAAUGUGUAUCUACCGAAAGUUGUUCAUAUCUUGCAAACAGCAAAUGCCAUUGUUUGCAGGUAGUUUUCUUAGUAUUAUUCAUAUCUUGCUGGAGCAAACAAGGCAUGACGAGAUGCGGAUUGUCGGCUGCCAAGCUCUAUUUGACUUUAUAAAUAACCAGAAGGAUGCUACCUAUAUGUUCAAUCUGGAAGGAUUGAUCCCAAAACUAUGUCUUCUAGCUCAAGAGAUGGGAGAGGAUGAAAGGGUACUGCACCUUCGUUGUGCUGGCCUGCAAACACUGUCAUCUACAAUAUGGUUCAUGGGUGAAUUUUUUCACAUCUCAGCGGACUUCGACAAUGUUGUUUCUGCAGUCCUGGAAAAUUGUCACUGCCCAGACAAGGAGUCCAAUUAUCUUACAAACGGUAAUCAAGAAGAGGUACAUAGAGUUGAAAAUCAAAAUUCUCCACCGGGUGCCAUGAAUAGGGCCAUUUCUUGGAGAAAGAUAGUAAAUGAGAGAGGCUAUGUUACAAUGGAAGAUACAGGAAGUCCUAGAUUCUGGGCAAGUGUAUGCUUGAAUAACAUGGCAAAGUUGGCCAGGGAGGCUACAACUAUACGUCGUGUUCUUGAAGCCUUAUUCCGUUACUUCGAUCAGGGCAAUCUCUGGUCACCUGAUGAGGGGCUGGCCCUUGCUGUUUUGAUGGACAUGCAAUCAAUAAUGGAGAACUCUGGACAUAACACUCAUUUCUUGCUAUCUACUGUAAUCAAGCAUCUUGAUCAUAAGAAUGUCUUGAAAAGCCCCAGCAUGCAGGUAGAUAUUGUUCAAGUUGCUACCACCCUGGCGCAAGCGACGAAGGUCCAACCAUCUGUGACAAUUGUUGGUGCAUUUAGUGAUAUGAUGAGACAUUUGAGGAAAAGCAUACACUGCUCUCUUGAUGACACAGAACUCGGGGAAGAACUAAUUCAGUGGAACAGGAAGUUUCACGCAGCUGUUGAUGAGUGUCUUGUUCAACUGUCUUACAAGGUUGGAGAUGCUGGCCCAAUUCUUGACGUGAUGUCUGUGAUGUUAGAGAGCAUUUCAAAUAUAUCAGUUAUGGCUAGAAACACAAUUAGUGCUGUCUAUCGCAUUGCUCAGAUUGUGGCAUUCUUGCCAAAUAUAUUGUAUCAAAAUAAGGCUUUCCCUGAGGCUUUGUUCCAUCAAAUACUGGUCGCCAUGGUCUCUCCAGACCAUGAGACAAGGCUUGGGGCACAUCGUGUAUUUUCGGUUGUGCUCGUUCCAUCAUCUGUUAGCCCUCCUAGUAGCUCUACGAGCUCCUCAACUAAACCUGAUGAUUUACAGAGGACGCUGUCUAGAACUGUUUCUGUGUUUUCUUCUUCAGCUGCUUUGUUCGAGAAGAUGAGGAAAGAACAACAAUACUCCCAAAAAUUUCCAGAUCAAACAUUUGUAGUUUUAAAUAAUGGCGAAGUAAUGCUCAACGGUCCACCCAUUCUGAAACGGCUGACAUCCAGUUAUAGUCAAAAUACUAGCACGAGGAGAUGUUCAAUGCCUGUAUCCACGGGUAAUUUAGAGAAGGAACCGAAGGGGAUCUCUCUUAAGUUGAAAAGCCGACAGAUCAGCCUCUUGUUGUCCUCCAUCUGGGUGCAGGCAGUCUCUAAUUUGAACACUCCUGGGAACUAUGAAGCACUUGCAAACACGUACAGCUUGGUGAUAUUAUUUUCAAGAAACAAGAAAUCCAGUAACUAUAUUCUUAUUCGAAGUUUUCAGCUAGCAUUUUCCUUAAGGAGCAUAUCUCUUCGAGGAGGACAACUUCAGCCAUCUCGCCGCAGAUCUCUUUUCACCUUGGCAACAUCGAUGAUACUUUUCAUAUCGAAAGCCUACAACUUUAUCCCUCUUCUCACUUCUGCAAAGGCUGUGUUGACAGAGAAAACAGUUGAUCCUUUUCUCCAGCUGGUAGAUGAUAGCAAGUUGCAGGCUAAAUUAGUAGAUCCGAAGAUGAAUACUUAUGGAUCAAAAGAGGAUGACGAAAAUGCCCUAAAUUCUCUUUCGGUAAUUAAAAUUAGCGAGGAUCAAUCUACAGAAUCUUUUGCUUCCAAGAUCGUGAAGAAUUUGGAGAAGCUAUCCAAUACUGAAUCAACAAAUAUAAAGGAGCAACUGCUUAAAGAUUUUCUUCCUGAUGAUAUUUGUCCAUUGGGAGCUCAGCUAGUUACAGAAACCCCUGGGCAAAUCUACCAAUUAGAUAUGAACGAAAAUGAACAUUCUGAGAAGCAGGCCGAGUAUCCAAUGUUUACAAUAGAUGAUGACUGUCCAACGGAUUUAUUGGUAAAUCGGACAGAUCACUGCUCCCAGCUGACAAUAGAAAGUCCCUGUCUCCUGAGUGUAGAUCAAUUUAUGGAUUUGGUGUCGGAGUCAACAAAGCAGGUUGGACGGUUUUCUGUCUCAGACCCCUCUCACAUGGCAUAUAAAGAUAUGGCAAGCCACUGUGAGGCUCUUCAGAUCGAAAAGCAGCAAGUAAUGUCAAAUUUCAUGAGUUCACAACUGAUGCAAGAGAAUCCAGCCAGCUUAUCCUGCCAGGAUGACGCUCAGGCUCUUAACAAUCCAUUUUAUAAAUCCGAAUUUUUUAUGACACCAUCUACUGGAACCAUUCCAAUGACACGUCCAUCCGAAUUUCAGCAUCAGCCCCAUUUCUUCCUCUUGCCAACUUCAAGUCCAUAUGAAAACUUUUUGAAGGCAGCUGGGAGUUGAUAUUAUUUAGUUGCAAUUAUGAUGUAAGCUUGGCGGUAAAUUUUUUAUUUUUCAAAAUUUUAACCUCAAUAGGCAGUUUCAGGUUAUUCAUUGGAGUCAUUUGUGUUCAUCAAUUUUUUUGGCGGCCGUACUAUAAAGCAUUCAUGGUGUCCCCUUAAGGCCUGGUGGUUCUGCACUCUUGAUAGUUGCAGUUAGGAGGAGGACUUGGUAUCUUUCAUGUUUUUGAAUGUAUAGAUGUACAAAUGAGGCUACCAGAUAAAUUAUAUGAUUGAACAUCGAAAAUGCAGUUUUGGCUAAUAAAUUAAAUGGUGAAAGGAAACUUCAACAAAGAGCACUCUUUGUUUUCAGCUUAGAAAGGCCAAUCUGAAUUGCUAUUUAACAUAUAAAUAUCUAUAUGCUUCUGUUCUAUCGAAAUUGAUCCGUUGGCUCCUACGCCAGCAAAAGUGGAAAAUUUUUAUACAGUCCACUGGCAGCAGGAGAUCAAGCCUGUCUAUUCUAUUGUUGCUGUUCUGUUCAAUGAUUCAAUCGGACA